CAGUCCUUUUCUCUUCUGAAGAUUAUUAAUCUUAGUUGAUUUUCUUGGUAAUUACGUAUGAAUUAGUAAAAGGGUUAGCAAAAAAGUAAAGGGUAUUUUGAUAUAAUAUACUGUGUUCUGUUUGUGGAGACUUAAUCAGAAUUUUGAAAAUCAUUACUGGUUUUGGAUUCAUAGCCCAGGUUUUCUAUUUCGGGGUUUUAGGGUCUUAGGUUCGAACUCGUUUUUACCUGAAAAAGAGCUGGAAUUUUGGUUGUGGUUAUGCAUAAUAUGAGAAAUAAUAAUCUUAAGAGAUUGAUUGAUCUUUUUAUAAGCUCUGUAACAGUUCUCAGUGGUUAUAUCAUCUAUCAAUCAAGGAGAAGAUGAGGAGGGUUUUCUAUUGUUGUGUGUUCUUGUGAAUCGGAAAUCUAAUGGAUUCAAGUUACUGGGAAAUUCGCUUCAAUUAUCUACCAUCUAUUUGAUUUCUCUAGGAUAAAUUGGAGGGUAUGUUUAUAGAACGAGCUGAAGCUCUGACCUUGAAUAGUUGGGAUAAAGGACUUGUUGACUUUGCCUAAUUAUGGAUGGCGAGACUGAAAGUACUUUGUGAUUUGUGGCACUUGUGCAUCGAAACGUGAAGGGCGACAAAUCAUGAACAUUGGAAAAGAGAAGCUCUGGAUAAUGCCAUCAGAAUCUGAUAAGUGGGGAUGGGAGCAUGUUAGUGUGUUUGGUGGGUUUGACAGAGGAAGUGGUACCAAGAGGUGGAAAUGCAACUACUGUAAUCUAAGAUAUAAUGGAUCUUAUUCCCGUGUUAGAGCUCACCUUCUUGGGUUCCCAGGUGUUGGAGUCAAAAGCUGUCCAGCAAUAGACAGGUCUCUGAGAGAAGCAUUCCAGAUCCUAGAGGAGGAACGCCUUGCUCGGAAAAAGAAAACGAGUCCUGUGGAUGGAAAAUCUGGUAAGCGCAUCCGGACAUCACAGUCAACCCUUACAGUGAAAAAUAUCUCCAAAGAAGAAGUAGAUGGCAUGAUAGCUCGAUUUUUCUAUGCUGAUGGGCUGAAUGUACAUGUAAUUAACUCUCCAUAUUUCCUUGAAAUGGUGAAAGCAAUAUCUGCUUUUGGCCGAGGGUAUGAACUCCCUUCUAUAUAUGAGCUGUCUGAUUCCUUUUUAAGGAAAGAGAAAGAAAAGAUAGAGAAAUUCAUGGCUUCAGAUAGGGAGUCUUGGCCUCACACUGGAUGUUCAAUGCUGUGUGUCAGUCGCUUAGAUAGCACACUAGGCUACUUCCAAAUCAGUAUUUUUGUCUCAAGUUCUAGGGGACUCACAUUCCUGAAGGCUGUAGAUAUAGAUGAUACUGACAAGAUGGAGAAUUUGUUCACUAGUGCUCUUACUGAUGCAAUUUUGGAAGUUGGGCCGACAAAUGUGCUACAAAUAAUCUCACAUCUAGGCCAUCCCUGUAAAUCAUCAGAAUCUCUUGUAUUGACGAAGUUCCCUCACAUUUUUUGGUCCCCCUGUACUUCACAUUCUAUUCAAAUGUUGAUGGAAGACAUAGCGGGUCUGGAGUGGAUAAAAUCUACUGUUUCAUGUGCUAAGGGGAUUGAGCAACUCAUGAUGUAUUACCGGCAUGCUUAUCCAGGUCUUUUUAUUCAUAACCUGAAAGAGAAUUCUGACCCUGUUUCUGCCAAGUUUGCACCUUCAUACUGCUUCAUUCAGAGGAUUUUUGAGCUAAAAAAGGCACUUCAAGAGGCAGUUGUCAGUGAAGAAUUUAAGCAAUGGAAGCUUAAUAUGCAAGGUGACAAUGUAACUGUUGGAUCUGCCAUUUUACGUGAUGAUUUCUGGUGCAAGGUUCAUUUGUUCUUACAGUUAUGUGAGCCUUUUGUAAGAUUACUCAGUACAUUUGAUAUCGACAAAUCUCCUAUGGGUAUUGUUCAUGACUGGCGGGUUCAGGCACUUGAGGCCAUAAAAGGUAAGGGAAUUGAUUCCACUGCAUUGAAUCAGUUGGAAGUCCUGAUAGAAAAUAGAUGGGACGUGUUAUUUUCCCCUCUGCAUGCUGCAGCUUAUAUGCUGAACCCCAGAUAUUUUGGAAGAGGUCAAAGCAAGGAUAAAACUGUAAUGCGGGGUUGGAAAGCCACUCUAGAAAGAUACGAGUCUGAUAGUUCAGCCAGACGAACUCUGAGAGAGCAACUCUGCUCUUAUUGGCGGCUGGAGGGAUCCCUUGGAGAGGAAGAUGCUGUGGAAUUUAGAGAUAAAAUGGAACCAGUUGCAUGGUGGGAGAACUUUGGUUUUGAAACACAGCAAUUGCAGACACUGGCAAUAAAGGUUCUCAGUCAGGUUUCAAGUGUUGCCAUGUGUCAAGAAAUUUGGCAAGACAAUGAUUUCCCAUGUCGAGAAACAGCUAAUAGGUUGGGCUUGGAUAGAGUCGAAGACCUUGUUUUUGUUAGAAAUAACCUCAGAAUUCAUAGCCGAAGAUAUGGAAACUCAACCUCCCCAUCUGGAGUGAAGUCAUGGGAUAGUGUUCAUCCUGAUCAAACAAUGUCAAUUGUGAAUAUCCAUGAUGGAUUGUAAACAUAGUUGUACCAUUUAUUUGCUAUUCCUGUAUUUACCGAAAGCAGAACUCAGGGCUGUUGUAGAUGCUUGUCGAAGACCAAGUUUUGGAAGUGAUUAAAUCUUAAUUUGUGAAUAUUCAAAAGUAUGAUUUAUAGUUUCUAUCUUCACCAUA